AUGGGCAGCUCACAGAUUAGAGAUUUUGACAGCAUUACAUCUUUCCUUGGAUCUUGGGGAGCCUUUCAGCUAAGGAUUUUUAUAGCACUGGGAAUCAGCAUCCUCCCAAAUGGAUUUAAUGGAACAUACAUAGUAUUUGUGGCUGACAUCCCACCUCAUGAGUGCUACAUCCCUGAAAGUAACAUCAGUGAGGUGUGGAGAAACGUGACGAUCCCUUUGGAGAUUGUCAAUGGCGUUGAAAAGCGCAGCUCUUGCUCAAGGCUUAACCUUGAAAUUGUCAGUAACUACUCUCAAAAAAAUAUGAUCCCAAAUGUUGAUGUAAAUGUGAGCGAAAUUCCUCGGGAGAGUUGUCUGAAUGGAUGGAUUUACAGCCGAGAAAUCUACCAGUCAACCAUUGUCACAGAGGUGAGUGAUCCUAAAUCAUUACUUAACUGUUCUUGGAACACAUUUUAGAAAUCAUCGUUAAUAAAUGGUAUUUAGAAAAGCUUCUUUGUGGAUAAAAAGUGACAAAUGAUCAGAUCCAAGCUUGUUUUAUCUUGUCUGUCUGAAAGAAGAAGAAAAGUCCUGUAAGUACUACUAAAACAAUCGAUGACAAGGUUGGUUUUGGUUUAUUGAAACAGGAGAAAUUAGUAAAAUGCAAGCGAUAAGUCUCUUUAUAUAGUGUUGUUGCUUUUUCCUAUCUAUAAAAUGUUGAAUUACAUGAUGUCACUGUUUGAAUCCAGGAUCUAGAUGUUGAACAAUGGACCAACUCACAGACUUUCUUGCUUAAUUUUCAAUAAAGCAAGAAGAAAAAGAGGUUUCAUGCAUACAAAAUGAUAACUAUUUAAAUAUUUUCAAGGAUAUAUGGACAAAAACAGUGACUCAGUAAACCUCUAAUCACGAAUCGUUGCGCUAAUAUAGUCUAACUACAUGCUAAUGUUUGCAGAGCUGGCGUACCUGCUCCACCGGCUUUAAAACUGAUCUGUGUUUUACUAUAAAUUGGGUUAAAAGUCGAGAUUAUGAUCCACAUUGUUACUCAUUCGGAUAAUUAAAGUAGGGAUACACUCUGUUGAUUUUGCAGUGGGACCUGGUGUGUGACGAAGCGUAUAAAGUACCACUGGCCACCUCCAUCCAUUACGUGGGUGUCCUUGUUGGAGCAUUUAUCUCAGGUCAGAUGUCUGACAGGUCAGUGGUCUUCACAGCAAUGUCGAACUUUUUCAACUGUCGAAUUGUCUUUGGUUUUGAAGGCAUAUUCACUGCUUUUCAGGUAUGGAAGGAGGCCUACACUUUUUAUCAUGAUGGCUCUUCAGGUCAUUGCAGUCACAGCGCAGAUAUUCUCACCAAGCUGGGAGAUCUUCACCUUCAUAUUCUUUUUUGUGGGCGCAGGAGGAUACUCCAACUACACCGUCGCAUAUGUGCUGGGUAGGUAGUUUUCCAAUACAGAUAUGCCACAUGCCCAAAUGAGUUGUUUUACCCCAGUGUUGUCAUCCAGUCCUGAGUCCCCAGUAUUCAAGUUAAGUCCAGGUCACCGUAGAAGAACCGGAGGCCCAGUCUAUAAAUGAAUGAUUGUGUGAACCUUGACCAGCUGUGUGAGAGCUUUUGGAUGGGACGUCACCAACAGUCCAAGCGACUUUAGUAGCUCUCUUACUGUUUUUGGACUCAUUCUGGACAGAUGUCUGUUUAAGUUUGAGUUUGUCUCAGUCCUCUCCUUAAUGGUUCUCAUAUCAUAUCGAAAAUCAAAUGCGCAUCUGUAGAAACUGUCGUUGGAAGUGUUGCUGAACAAGACGGCACAUGAAAAUGCUUUCAGGCAAAUACAUAUGGCAGCCCUCAAACUGAAUAAAUGAACUGGGCCUUUCUUUAAAAACUUACAGUAUAAUUUUUUUUUUUUUGAACAAUAUAUUUAUUGAACUUUUACAUAUACAAGUAUACAAAAACAUGGACAGUUGGACAAUGAAAUGUAUGAAAUGUAUGAAAAAGACCAUACUUCGAGUUGUCCAGACAACUAUCAAUAACAAAAUAAGUAAAUAGAAAGUAAAAUAUAAAAAAGGACAGGGUGACAUGAGACAAAACAGAAAUGAAUAAAAAAAUAAAAUAAAACAUACAUAUACUCUCUCUAGUAUAACAUAAACUUUAAAACAUUUUUGAUAACUUCCUUUUUUGAUCAACAGGUACGGAGAUCCUAAGUGUCAAAGCCAGAGUGGUCUUCUGCUCCCUGGGUGUUUUUAUGGGCUCUGCUUUGGGCUACAUGGCGAGCCCAGCUGUAGCUUACUUCCUGCGGGAUUGGCGGAUGCUGUUAAUAGCCAUGGCUGCUGUAGGCCUGCUGUAUGUCCCUCUGUGGUGGUAAGAAGAUUCAAACUUUUGGUUUUGCGCUGGACGCGGUCAGCACUCUUUGUUGUGACAGAGGGAGAUCUUUCUUGUUGGGCAGCAUCCUGAGUAUGAAAUCUGUGAUGAACCUGUUACAGUUUGGCACACUUGUGUUUGUGGACAAAAAUAACUUUAUGGCUGUACAGGAUAGCAGAUUGUUUGGGUUUAGUGCUCUUAUCUAACGUCUCUGAGUAUCCUCUGUUAAUGUUUUGUCUGUGUAUGUUUUUUUUUAAUGUCUAGGAUUGUUCCAGAGUCUCCUCGCUGGCUCUUCUAUCAGGGAAGAGUGAAGGAGGCUGAGGCCAUACUGAGAGACGCUGCCAAAAUGAACAAAAUCAAGGCCCCAGAGGCCAUUUUUACGACAGCUGAGGUAAGAUUCUCAGUUGUUUUAUGAUUAACAUGUCAUAAAGAUAACGGUGCAGUUGAAAACACACGUGCACGGGUUACAGUUUCAUGCGAGGUCAAUCAGGUCACAACCAUCUCUGACUAAGGAUUACACUCCUGAACAUAUAUGUGUUUUAGAUAACAACUCUCAUACCUGAGCCCCAUACAAAGAAACAGCAAACUGCUUUAGCUCGUUACACAUUGUCAAGAGAUUUUUUCCAAUGAAGUUAUUUUCAAGCUUGCAGAUUCUGAGCAAUCAUUAGUCAAAAUGAAGUUUAAUCAUCACCACAAACCUGUACAGAUACUCCAGCUUAGUCGGGGCAGUCAGUCCAACAUGUGCGCUGUGUGCAAAAAAGAAUACAUGGAAAUAAUGCUAACUUUGCCCUUUGGCUGGACCCAUCAGAGGAACCUCCUGGAUCAGCACACAUCCACACUCACACACACACAUAACCAAGAAUGAUGGGGGGUGACAGCUAACUUUGCCCUUUGGCUGGACCCAUCCACACUCACACACACAUACACACAUAACCAAGAAUGAUGGGGGUGACAGCUAACGUUGUUAUGACAGAUUCACAGAGCUGUCACAUCCAAACAAGAGACAGACAAGAUCUGCACAUGGAUUUCAAAGAACAAAGAAAGUGAUUAAGAGUUUGAUCUACGGUCACUGUGGGACUUCUUAGGUUCAAUUGUUUCAUCUGCACCUGUUUUUUGUUGUAGAUUGAGAACGCACUGGCCACGAAAGACGACAAACCUACGAUCACAAUUAUCAUAAGCAACUGCACUGUUUUUUCUCUAACAGUACUGUGCUCACUGCUGUGGUAAGGCAACCAAUUUCUUACAACUCAUCAGAUUUACACAUGGACCAUAAAACUAUAGGGGAGAGUGGGGUAAGAUGAGCCAUUUUUCAUAUUUCGCAUCACUCCAUCCAUGUAUGGGCUAAGUUGAGUUUUGUAAAAAUCCAUUUUAACAUGAGAAUAUCUUUAAGUGGUUCAGAACAUUUAUAGCUGUAUUUUUGAAAAGAAAAAGUAACACAUUUUAACAAUCUGAUCUGAAACUCUGAUCCUCUCAUCAGACUUCUUUACUUACCCCAGAACAACUAUUAUGACUUUAUUAGUCCUCUAAACUAAAAUGGAGGACUUUUAUACUAGGUUUUUGACCUCAUGUUGUGUCUCAUAGAUACCACAAUUGAUGUAUAAAACAAAUUUAAAAUGAUCUUUUUUGUUCUGAACACAAUUCUGAGAAAACUUCAGACAGACUAAAUUCACUUUUAAUAAGAGGGAAAAAUGUUUUUUUUGUAAAUAAAUGUCUAACCCCUUCAUCCAUGAUGCCCAUCUCCUAAAUAUUAGGUCACAUGAUCAAUUUCUUUUACCAUUUCCAAGCAACAGGGGGUGGCUCAACUUACCCCACUCUCCUCUAAUGGUUGCACUUUUACAACACAUAACCAGAUUUGUGAUAUUUCAAACAGUUUGAUCCCAAAUUUCUUGUUUUCACUGUCUGUGCAGGAUCAUCAUCACCAUCGGCUACUACGCUUUAACUCUCAACACCUCAAACCUGCACGGCAACCCUUAUUUAAACUGCUUCCUGUCUGCGUCGACAGAAGUGCCGGCAUACCUGAUCGCUCUUUUGCUGCUCAGAUUUUGCCCCAGGCGCUUUUGUCAGUCGUCUACGCUGAUGCUCGGAGGAGUUAUGAUCCUCUGUGUUAACCUCAUCCCAAUGGGUAAUUCAAAAAUAGUGGAGCUGUUGGUUUGUGGCAGUACAUCCACCAAAAUCCAAAGCUGGUGGGGUUCAUCCUCUGGGAAUCAUGAAAUUGUACAAAACUUGUAUGAAACAGAAACUUCUGUGCAUUAUUAUUUAUUAUUAUGUGACACAUCCUAAUGCUAUGUUCCAAUUUUGCCUGUUCAGUGUUGUAAAUACAUGUUUAAAUGUCCUCUGUUGUCAAAGGUCUUCCAGCGGUGUCCAUUUCUCUUGAGAUGUUGGGGAAGUUCGGGAUGACAUCUGCUUUUUGCAUAGUGUAUGCCGUCACAUCCGAGCAGUUCCCCACUUUUAUAAGAAACACGGCCAUGGGGUGUUGUUCAAUGGCUGGUCGCAUCGGAACAAUCAUCUCCCCCUUUAUCAUUUAUCUGGGUGAGUGUAUGCAGUCUAACGUGAGUAUUUCCAGCAAUUAGCCAGUGCCGGGGCAGUUUCUCUGACCCAGACUGUGACAUUUAUCGGAAAUUCAUAAUCUAAUCCGAGAGACAAUGAACCUGCAAAAUGAUGGUUAAUUAAGGAUUUGUCUCCGGCAUUCUUGAUCUACAAAUUGUCUAAUGGGUUUUUAACUAAUAGACAAAAACAGAAAAUUAAAGACAAUAGAGCGGGUAGUUGUUUAUCCUUUUUCAAAAUUUCAAGACUAAAAUAUUUAUGGAGAAAAGUCUUGAUCUUCUCUUAUAUGUUAUUCUUCUUUUUUGCAGGUCAAUUUUACAAAUCCCUCCCGUACAUAGUGAUGGGAGGGGUUGCUGUUAUUGGAGCCAUCUUAUCUCUCCUGCUGCCAGAGACAUUUAACAUCCCUCUGCCGGAGAGUGUUUCACAGAUGCAGCAGAUAUGCAGGUGAGCAAUAAGAUAUCAAGAGAUGUUUACCGGACACAAAUUUUGCUUAAGUUAUUGCGAAAAUUCAGAUUUACUUGUAAUUCGACUUUCAAGUACCAGCAAGAGCUUUUCUAUUUGAUUAAAAAAGAAGAAAAGUGCAGGUGGGGAUCAUGCCUUAAAUCUUCCAGUUCUAAGACAACCCUCUGUACCUCCUCUAUCCAUGCUGAGAAAUGGCAGCAUGUAGGCGGUUGAAAAAAAAUACUUUUGAUAAACUCGGGUUUCAUCAAAGCUUUUAAAUUCUGUUUUUAUUGAAGUUUAUUUAAAGUGCAGCUCUUCAAAGCGUUGCAUAUCUCAUUAACCGUAAAUUUGCCAUUUUUGCACCAGCUUGUUCUGUUGUUUUGUGUGUUUGACCAAAUGUUCUCCCAAUGUUGAUACAGGGGAAGAAAAGAGAAGGAAAAGGAGGAAAAGAAAGCCGAUGCUGGAGGAAACACAGCUGAUUAUCAGAAAAAAGAAACCAAGUUGUAG